GCGCAGGAGCCGCCGCGGGAGGCGGGCGGGCGGUGCCGAGGCCCAGCAGAGUGAGGGUAGUGAGGUGGCGCUGUCGGCGUGGGGCAGGGUAUCCCGGUUGUAGAGUAAUAGGGUGAAGGCAACCGGCACCUCUUUCCCGACCGGACCCAAACAUGCCCGUCCGUGUAAGGUAAAAACGUCAGUGGGAGCCUCCCUCGCUAAAGCCUCGUGCUGGAACAGCUGGUUGAUCCAUUCAAACGGAAGGAUGGAAGCUCUCCAGAGGAACAUGAUGUGAAUGGAAGAGACCUGUCAUUAUGCAAACAGUCCGGCACUCUGAACAGACACUAAAAACAGCUCUCAUCUCAAAGAACCCGGCGCUCGUGUCACAGUAUGAGAAGUUAGAUGCUGGGGAACAGCGUUUGAUGAACCAAGCCUUCCAGCCAAACAGUGAUCUCUUUGGACCCAUUACCGUGCAUUCCCGGUCAGAUUGGAUCACCUCCCAUCCUGAGGAUCCCCAAGACUUUGAACAGUUUUUCAGUGAUCCUUACAGAAAGACACCCUCUCCAGAGAAACGCAGCAUUUAUAUCCAGUGCAUUGGGUCUCUAGGAAACACCAGAGCUAUCAGUGAAGAAUAUAUUAAAUGGCUCCAGGGCUACUGUGAAGCGUUUUUCUAUGGCUUGACAGUAAAACUUCUAGCACCGGUUCCUGUCUCUGCAACGAGAUGUUCCUUUAGAGUCAAUGAUAGCACACAAAACCUACAGAUUCAUGCAGGACACAUUCUGAAGUUCUUAAAAAAGAAGAAACCUGGAGAUGCCUUUUGUAUUGUGGGAGUGACGAUGAUUGAUCUUUACCCAAGAGACUCCUGGAAUUUUGUCUUUGGACAGGCCUCUUUGACAGAUGGUGUGGGGAUAUUCAGCUUCGCCAGGUACGGCAGUGAUUUCUAUAGCUCACGCUACGAAGGCCGAGUGAAGAAGCCGCAGAAAGUCUCUUCCAGUGACUAUUCUGUUUUUGAUAACUAUUACAUUCCCGAAGUGACUAGCGUUUUGCUGCUUCGGUCCUGUAAGACUUUAACCCAUGAGAUUGGACACAUAUUUGGACUUCGACACUGCCAGUGGCUUGCCUGCCUAAUGCAAGGCUCCAAUCACCUGGAAGAAGCUGACCGGCGCCCCCUGAACCUUUGCCCCAUCUGUUUACGCAAGUUGCAGUGUGCUAUUGGCUUCAACAUUGUAGAAAGAUACAAAGCCCUGGUGCGGUGGAUUGAUAGUGCGUCUGCUGACACACCCCGAGUCACUCCGAAACAUAGUCGUGAGGAUGAUGUGAAUUUGCCAAAACCUGUGGAAGCCUUUAAGGAAUGGAAAGAGUGGAUAAUAAAAUGCCUUGCUGUUCUCCGAAAAGAAGAACCUUCAAAUAGGAGUAAUUAAAAUCAGUCCUUGCACAUCGUGCUUUCAUUUGGGUGGAGUCCUUCACUGGAAUAAACUGUUUACUGAUCCUG